UUAGAAGGUGGCACUUGCGCAGACAGGUAAUUGGGCGGGUCGGGUCUAAAACUUGCAUCUUCUUCAACUAACUGCGCAAAUGUCUUCCGAAAUCGCAUUUUAUAGUACUCAGCACUUUUGGUCUUUUUCUUUCUGGUAGGUUUUUCAUUUGUUUCUGCGAAUUUCGGCACCUUCUUCGACAUAACCAGGUCAGCAUGUGGGUCUUCAUGGAAAUUGUCUUGCUCGAGGGCCUCAACUGCUUUUCUAGCUCUGCGCUUCCUUGCUGCAUCGUCUAAAAUCUUCCUCCUCUCCGUGUCUCUAUUACCUCUAGCGUGGGAAGCCAUCUUUACAUUCCUUUGUCAUGUACUGGUAUGCUAAGUUGGUCCAUCAAAUCAUCCACACGAGCUUGCAGAGUUUCCACUAUGUCUGCAGAUAUAAAUAGAUGUGUUUCAUCCAGGUCUUGGAGAAUAAACUUUCUGCCCAGGGCUAAAGUCUCGUCCAGGUGAAGAAGGAACUGUUUCAUAGCAGGAUCACUGUAAUCAUAAUGUCAAAGAAACGAGGUUUAAGUGCUGAAGAGAAGAAGAUCAGGAUGUUAGAGAUAUUCCAUAACAGUAAAGACUUCUUUCAGUUGAAGGAGUUGGAGAAAAUAGCACCAAAAGAGAAAGGUAUCACAAUGCAGUCAGUUAAAGAGGUAGUCCAGAACUUAGUUGAUGACCACCUUGUGGACUCGGAGAAGAUUGGAACUUCCAUCUAUUUUUGGUCAUUUCCUAGCAAAGCCAAGAAUGCAAAGAAGAGAAAAGUGCAGGAUUUACAAAAUGAAGUGGAUGAGUGUGCAAAAAAAUUGAAAAGGACCGAAGAUUUGAUUGCGAGUGAAUCUGUAGGAAGAGAAAACUGUGAGGAGCGGACUAUGGUUCUAGCAACAUUGGAGAGUCUUGAAAAACGAGAAGAAGACCUUAAAAAAGAAUUGCAAAAAUACAGGGACUCCGAUCCGGAGUAUAUGGCCCAGUUGAAAAAAGAGACUCAGGUAGAUAACUACACAAUCAGAAACAACUUCAAUUGA